AUGGCAGACCUCGACAAUGUCCCAGGAAACCUCUUGCGUAAGCCUUCGGGCAAGCAAGAGGACGAGCUGGAGAGAGCUGCCUCAACAUACAAGCCUCUGCACUCCUUCCGCUUGGCCAAGGAGAAGUCGUAUCAGCAGCAGUUUGCAGACAUGUACUUUCUGCGCUUGACCAAAAUCAGGCCUGCCGUAGAGCAGAUCGCCUCCGAGGCCUGGGCCGACACCGUCAUUGGCGGCGAGGAGGUCAAGCAAGUAGACCGGGUCUUGGACAUCCGCCAGGGUGAGCUGUGCUGGGUGGUAGGCACCGUCUACAUGGAAAUGGCCCUGAAACCCAACAUCAUGGAGGAUGUCUCCAAGGACAGGUGGAUUUCCGCACCAACCUCCACUAACAAGUACUGGUCGGAGGAAGGCGAUGCUGUCACUCUGGAAGAUGAGUCCGGUCGUAUACGGCUCGUCGGAGAUGCUUUGAGGUCGGUUUUUCUCGUCACCGGGUGCAUCAUCGCCGUCAUGGGUACGGAAAAUGCAAAUGGCGAGCUGGAGGUCAUCGACCUCAAGUUCCCCAACCUGCCACCUCAACCAGAUCGCUGGGCUGUAUCCAAACCGCCCGGCGCCAACGGUGCGGCGAAGACCAAGACAAAGGAUGAAGACGAGGAAAUGACGGGUACUCAAACCAAGGGAAGUGGUGGCAAGAUUGCCAUCGUCUCCGGCCUAGGGUUCUCCGGUUCCGAUGCUUCGCACGCUAUCGAGUUGAACCUUUUACUCGAGUACCUCCUCGGCGAGGCUCUGGACCCCUCAACCCAGCAGGAACUAUCGCAGAUCAGCCGGUUGAUCAUCGCUGGAAACUCGAUUUCUUUGGACGAGCGGAAACCCGAGGCCGAGCAGCAAACGGAGAAGAAGACAAACAAGAAGUAUGGUUAUGACGCCAGCUCUUACAAUGCGCAGCCAUCGCAGCUCCUAGACGAGUUUCUUGCCACACUUCUACCAACGAUGCCCGUCACCCUUCUUGCCGGUGCUCAAGAUCCGGCCAACUCCAGCUAUCCGCAGCAGCCGAUCCAUGCCGCCAUGUUUCCGGGUGCAAGAGCCUACACCGCAUUGCCAACAUCUAACGAUGUCGGAUGGUUCGACAACGUCACGAACCCAUGGGAAGGAGAGGUAGAUGGGUGGCGAGUGCUCGGAACAGGAGGGCAAAAUCUGGAUGAUGUCUUCAAAUAUGUUGACAGCGAGGACCGGUUAGGCAUGAUGGAGGCCAUGUGCAGGUGGCGUUGUUGCGCGCCGACAGCGCCAGAUACCCUUUGGGCCUACCCAUUUCAAGACGACGAUCCGUUUGUCAUGAAGGCAUGCCCGCAUCUCUAUUUCGUGGGCUGCCAACCGGAGUUCGGCACCAAAGUCAUCGUAGGGCCUGACGCACAGUCAGUACGACUUAUUACGGUGCCGUCGUUCAAUGCCACCAAAGAGAUAGUGUUGGUGGACUCGGAAACACUGGACGUGACGAGAGUCAAGAUAGCUGUCUCCUGA